AUGGGAAGUUCGAGUAGCAAAAGAUUUGAUCCAUCAUUACCACGUAGUGGAAGUCUUUCUCCAAAACCAGGUUCAAGGAAAAUAAAAAAAGUACCAAAAACUUCUAAAGAAGAAAAACCACAGAAUAGUCCAAGUGUUGAAUAUGAUAUCGAUCCAACAAAUUUAUUUACACCUGAACCUAAUGAUGUAAUAGACUUAGAUGAAGAAAUUGAUAGAACACAGUCUUGUCAUCUUCCAACUAAGCAAAAACAAUCUCCACCUUCACUAAUGUCUAAAAUGAAUAAAAGGAAUAGUAUUUCACCCUAUCCACUUAAUUCUUGUAAUCCUCAAAUUGAAAAAUAUCCUAAACCACAAAAGUUAUGUUAUUCUGCAAGAGUAUCACCAUACUUUACCUUCUCCAAAACUAAUGAAUCCUCAAAAUAA